GGAGAUUUGGGGUGGGGCGCAGAGGACGACGCUGCAAAGGCGCGGUUGCCGGAGAAACCUGUGAAGCUGCGCCUAUGGGUGUCCCUGCCGUGUGACAGGCGGAAGGCGACCUCGCACCGCCGGGCAUCUUCUGCGGAAACAGCUCCGGUGCAGGGACGCGCGAGUGCGGCCCGGGCCCAGGAUGGCCAGAGAGUCGGGCCAGGGCGCGGCCCUGGACGCCCGGGAGGCCGACGACCGGGCCGGGAUCCCGGCCGUAAAGGCGGAGGACGAGGAGGCCCCGGGUCCCGAGCGCUCGCGCCAGCGCUUCCGCGGCUUCCGGUACCCGGAGGCCGGGGGACCCCGCCGCGCGCUGCGCCGGCUCCGCGAGCUCUGCCGCCUGUGGCUGCGGCCCGAGACGCACAGCAAGGAGCAGAUGCUGGAGCUGCUGGUGCUCGAGCAGUUCCUGCGCAUCUUGCCCGCGGGGCUGCGGGCUCGGAUGCGGGAGCUGCGCCCGCAGAGCGGCGAGGAGGCGGUGGCGCUGCUGGAGGAUCUGCAGGGCCCGCGGGCGGAGCCCGAGCCGCAGCAGGGCAUGACUGACAGCGGCUGGCCCUUUGUUCUUUCAGGUGGUGAAAUGCAGGUGAAGAUCAGGGACUUGCCUCUAGCUGAGGAGCAUCCGGAACAAGAGCCGGGGCUGAUGCGGUGCCACCAGGGCGAAGCCAUUGCCCAGACACCCCCACGAGCAGGGGCAGGUGAACAGGGCAGGUUACAGACGAAGCAGAGGGACACCAGCGUGAGGAGGCGGCACGUUUGCCACGAGUGUGGAAAGAGCUUUGCUCAGAGUUCAGGCCUGACUAAGCACAGGAGAAUCCACACUGGGGAGAAGCCCUAUGCAUGUGAGGACUGUGGCAAGUCCUUCGUUGGCAGCUCGGCCCUUGUCAUUCACCAGAGAGUCCACACUGGGGAGAAGCCCUAUGCAUGUGAGGACUGUGGCAAGGUAUUCAGCCACAGCUCAAACCUCAUCAAGCACCAAAGGACGCACACUGGGGAGAAGCCCUACGAGUGUGAGGACUGUGGGAAGGCCUUUAGCCAGAGCUGCAGUCUGCUUGAGCAUCACAGAAUCCACACUGGGGAGAAGCCAUACCACUGCAGCGCAUGUGGCAAAGCCUUUAGGCGGAAUUCGCAUCUCCUGAGACACCAAAGGGUCCAUGGCGAUGGACAUGUCCAGGAUCCUGAGCGCGGAGAGACUUGGGAGAGUCACGGGAAGGUGGCGAGCCAGGAGGGGGAGGUCGCGGCUCCCGUGUCUUAUAAAUGUAAUGAGUGCGAGCGAAGUUUCACGAGGAACAGAAGCCUUGUUGAACAUCAGAAAAUCCACACUGGUGAGAAACCCCACGAGUGUGAGGCAUGUGGAAAAGGCUUCACCCGAACAUCAUACCUUGUUCAACAUCAGAGAAGCCACGUUGUCAAAAAGAUCGUGUCCCGGGGACCUGUAUCUUUGGUGCCCAAAUUGCUGCUCCUUCCUCUUUGAACGAAGCCUCCCUGGAGCCCCUCCUGACCACAGAAGUAAUGGGCUGGGGCUUUAUUCACCACAC